UGGAACGUCGUGUUUGAAGAAUCGUUCGUUUGGUGUCGUCGUGGUUGACAAGCGCAGUCACGUUUACGUAGUCCAUGCGAGAGGGAGUGCGGUCUUUCUUAUAUUAAAUAUAUUUUAUUGUGCUUAGCGCUUUUCACGAAACGUGAGGCGAGAUAUUAGAGGUUCGAAGAGUCUUGUGUAUCAUUUUGGCAUACGUCGUCGUUUCUAAUAGAGAAGACAUAAAUAAGUAAGGCGGGGAGCGAGAGGCGGCGGACGAGAGUUCGCUGUGGUCAAGAUGAAAGAGAUGGUAAUCCCACUGCUGUGCGCGAUCUUGGCUGUAACAACGGCCAAGGUAGUGAUUAAUAUAGAAGGUCAAGAUACGCCACAUUUGCUCGAUACAAAAGCAUGUACAUGGGGACCUUCAUAUUGGUGCCAGAACAUCACAACUGCAGCCAACUGCAAGGCCAUGAAGCAUUGCAUUCCAAAAGUAUGGGAAAAAAUGCAGGUACCCGAUGACAAUGACACCGUUUGUCAUAUAUGCAAAAAUAUGGUUUUGGAGGCACGCACGCAAUUAGAAAGCAAUCAAACACAAAGUGAUUUAAAAGCUGUGUUCGAGGGAAGCUGUGCCUUAAUUGUUUUUCAGCCAAUUGUCAAAAUAUGCGACAAUUUGGUGGAUGAAUUCAUUCCCGAGUUGGUUGAAACCUUGUCAUCGCAAAUGGAUCCCUCCAUAGUUUGUUCGGUUGCUGGACUUUGUAAUUCUGAAUAUAUUGAUAAGCUUUUGGAAGAAUACAAAAAUCAAGUAGAACAUAAGGAAUUGAAGACACCAAUUUCCUUGAAUAACGACGAGUAUAAUCCCAACGAAUGUUCGAAAUGUUACACAAUUAUGCAUCACAUGAAAUACAAAUUCAAGCAAACGUCACGCGAUCGGGUUUUAGAACAAUUUCUCAAUAUAUGUGGGGAAUUGAGCUCGUUCUCAGAUGCUUGUUCGUCUAUUGUUUUAACUUAUUUUGAAACAAUAUACUCGCAUCUUCAGAGUUACUUCAACGAGAAAAAUAUCUGUCAUCUUUCUGGUCAAUGCAGCGACAAAUUCCACGUUCACGAAGAUAACACUGACAAGAACGUGGAGGUUGAAAUUAGACCUUUGUCCACUGUUGGCAUGGUUGAAAUAAGCGACGAUUUGCCAUGUAAGCUGUGCAGACAACUUGUCAUCCAUUUAAGAGAUGUCUUGGUUGCUAAUACCACUGAGACGGAAUUUCAACAAGUAUUAUUAGGAUUUUGUAAGCAAACAAAAAGCUUUUCUACAGAAUGCCAAUCCAUAGUCGAGCAAUAUUAUCCAGAAAUUUAUAGUUAUCUUACAAAGAAUUUGAAUAGUAACAUCCUUUGUCAAAUGGGUGGAAUAUGUCCAGCUCCUGGAAAGAAAUCGGGACCCAUUUGGCCACUUGUUCCCAACGAUCACGCUAAAGAUGCUGAAAUCAUUUUCAAUGAAAAGAAUGCGGAGCCCAAAAUACUAGAAGCUAGCAAAAUGCAGUUACCAAUUGAACGACUCACACCAUUUAGUAGUCUUUUAUUAAUCGAUAAUAAGUAUUGUUCUAGUUGUGAAUUUGUAAUAAAUUUUAUCAAAACAAAUGUCAAAGACUUAACGAAUAGGGACGAAGUAAAGGCUAUGCUCGAUGAAAUGAAGAGUACCCUUCCAGGCUUUGGUGAUGAAUCUAACGAAGAUAAUUUCUUAAAUAAGUAUGAAUUAGCUCUAGUCGAGCUCAUCUAUCAAGGAACAAAUAUUUCCGAGAUUUGUUCAUUAAUCGCUGUGUGCCCGACAAAUCAACAAAUGGAAGCUUGGAAAAAUAUUCCGUCAAAAUUUAUAGAAAAGUCGACGGUUGAAAAUAAACCAUCUUGUGCGUUAUGCUUAUUUGCCGUUUCGAAAUUGUACAGUCUCGUUGAAGAUGAUAAAACCGAGGUUAAAAUAGAAGCUGCCUUAGAUAAAUUGUGCCAUGAAUUGCCGAAGAAUUUAAAUAGAGAGUGUACUGAUUUAGUGCAAAUUUAUAGCAAGGAGCUUAUUGAAUUACUGAUAAAAGAUUUGAAACCCCGUGAAAUAUGUUCUUACAUAAAACUUUGUGACCAUUCGCAAAGCACCGAAAAUAAACAGAGAUUAUCGAUUGGACCAACGGAUAUUGCAGUUCCACAAAACAACCUGCAAGGGAAAGAAGCUUGUGCAUUAUGCGAAUACAUAUUGCACUAUAUCCAACAAGCUAUUACUAGUCCAGAAGCAGAAGAUGAAGUUAGGCAAGUGAUCGAUAAAAUUUGUCAAAAAUUACCAGAGACUAUUCAAAACAAUUGCAAUGAUUUUGUGAAUGCAUAUGGUAGCGCUUUGGUAGCAAUUCUUGCUGAAGAAAUAGAUCCAUCAAUGAUUUGUCCGAAAUUUGGUAUAUGCCAAUCUUCUGCAUUACUUAUAGCUCCGAGAAAGAUGUACAAAGGAAAGCUUAGUGAAAUUAUAUUUGCGGAUAAGCCUAACUGUCCUAUCUGCCUCUUUGGAGUUACACAAUUAUACAAUGUCAUAAAAAAUAAUAAAACCGAGACGUCCAUUGAAAACGCUUUAGACAAAUUAUGCAUUCAUCUUCCAAAAAGUUUAAUUGAACAGUGUGAAGGUUUCGUAAAGCUUUAUAGCAAACAAUUAAUUGAAAUGAUUAUCGCUGAUUUUACUCCCCAAGAGGUUUGCGUUUACUUACAAUUAUGCGAUGCAGAAAAGAACGUGGGAUUGACGAGCACUUCCUUUCCUUUAGACAAAGCGGGCGAAAUAAUGACAAAUGAGAUUCCAAACUAUCCUUUGCAUACAAAACAAACAGCGAUAAUGAAAAUUGAAUGCGAUCUUUGUGAAUUUAUGACGGAGCGUAUUAAGGAUAUGAUAAAUAGCCACAAAUCAAAAGAAAAAAUUGGAAACAUGUUUAACGUAGUUUGCAAUAAUCUUCCAACGCACAUAUUACAAAAGUGUAAUCAUUUUAUUGAAAAGUAUGCCGAUAUUGUUCUUGAACUUGUCGCGAAAAAAAUUAGUACAAAACGAAUUUGUACAAGUAUCAAUCUUUGCGUACCAGAUACUACAACACUGAGAGAGUCUGUUGCAGAAUGUGCUUUUUGUCAGGAAGUAAUAUCGAAUGUUGAGAUUCUUAUAGAUGAUCGUAAAACAAAUGGAAAUACGGAGGAAAUUAUUGUUAAUGUUUGCAAGCAUGUAACUACAAGUGACAAGGAGAAAUGUAUCAGGCUAAUAGAAAAAAAUAAAAAGAGUAUUAUUCGGAUUAUUAAGUCGCACGGUGACACAGCAAAAAUUUGCAGUAAGCUUUCCUAUUGUGCCUCUCACGAUUUUUUACUGAUGUUAAUUAAAAAUGGAAGAACUAGGCGACAGGCAGACGAUAAGAAUCUUGGUACGAAACCAUGUACUUGGGGAAUUUCUUAUUGGUGUGUCGAUGACAAAACUGCCGAAGAAUGCAAGGCCACUGAAUUGUGUAAAAAGAAGGGUCGCCUUCCUGAAUCGACGUCGACAACAGUUAAAGCCACAUCGGACAACCGCGAAGUUGCAUCUGAAGCUGAACAAGCUGUAUCCGAAGAUGCACGAUCAUCAUCCUCUUAACAAGAUAAUCUGCAUAAAAAUUCUAUGCAG